CGAAGAGAAGAUAAUGGUAAUAUUUACCGUUUUUUCAAUCGAUACAGUUAUAUAUGUAGGUAGUAUUACAGAUAUAUACAUAUUACACUCGUCAACUGUACUACGUCAAAGAAUUGCAAUCUCUCGAAAACGAAAACAAUGUUGAAUAAAGAGAGAGAGAGAGAGAGAGAGCAAUCGAUGGCACGAGACAGGGGUGAAAAACGGACAGAGGGAAUGAGUUACAAUAAUAGAAAAAGGGAUUCUACAACGGCAGGGGAUCGUGAAACAGUAGCAAGCGCAGCUGGAGACGAAAUGACACGACGUGGUUAUCGUAUUCCUCUCAACAGUGUAUGACAGUCAAGAAAACCGAGAGACUCACGGCGUUUUUAAGAAUGACUCACUCGACGACGAAAUGGUCCCAGUCCCGUUUUAGUCGUUUUUCUUCCUUUUUUUUGUUCAGAACGUUUCAUACCAGGCACGAGAAUGCAUGAAAUUUAUGGCUCGCGCAAAUUCAAACAGAGGCGAUCGAAAGUAAAGUUCAUUGGAUUGCGAGCGCAUAAACCCGAGAAACAUCCUCGUGAUCGAGUUACAUUUCCGGUGGAUGCUCUUCGAGUCCAUCGAACUGGAUAUCCUGUUCUCGCUUCAUGGCUCUUUUUUCGAGCGCAAAUGUAUCUCCGUCACGAAACCCUUCCUAGCGAAAGCCAGUCGAUCGAUCGUCUCGUUCGUGGCGUGGACAAACCCAUGUAAAGAUGCAAAGUAGCACGAACAACAAAGAAGUGUAUACGUAUGUGUAUAUGUAUGAAGGAAAAAAAUUAAUCGAAAGAAAGAAAUGGAAGACUUUUCUUUUUUUUUUUUUUAGGAUCGAAGGAUUGAGAAAUUACGUGUCAUUGACCGAAAGUCGAUAGGAUAUGGGCUGUUGGUCGGUCUGUUGGUUCUUUGGGCGAUCGACUCGUGCGACGUAUAUACUCGUUUGGAGAAUCUUCUCCCCCUCCAUGAGCUCCGCGCCGCCAGGCCAGAAGCGCGUCGCGUAACCGAGUGGAGAGUCGAUCUCAGGACACCGACACGAGUACGUUUCCUCGCCAGUUUCGCUCCGCAGGCUCCACACCACUGGUGCACUCCUGCGCGACACUCGAUUGCACUUGGUUCGCUGCACACGCUCUCUCGUCGCGCUGCCCGCACUCGCCUCUACGCACAUCACGCAUAUUCGUUACUACGCAAGGACUGUCCUCCGUCAGCUUUCUUUCCACUCUCUCUUCAAUCUCGAGGGAUCAGCUGUUUGCCCAGCUGCACCAUUUUUUUUCUUGGCACACGUUAGAGACAACGUAGAGACAAGCUAGCUUCAAAAUGAGGGAGAUCGUACAUCUGCAGGCUGGACAAUGCGGAAACCAGAUUGGUGCAAAGUUCUGGGAAGUGAUCUCCGAGGAGCACGGCAUCGACCAAUCGGGCAUUUAUCAUGGAGAUAGCGAUCUGCAAUUGGAGCGAAUUUCCGUCUACUAUAACGAGGCUUCUGUGGCGACCUCGACCAAUGGAGGGAAGUACGUGCCGAGGGCGAUUCUUCUUGAUCUCGAGCCGGGAACAAUGGACGCCGUUCGAUCAGGUGCCUACGGGAAACUGUUCCGCCCCGACAAUUUCGUGUUCGGCCAAUCGGGGGCGGGCAAUAAUUGGGCGAAGGGGCACUACACGGAGGGCGCGGAAUUGGUCGACUCGGUGCUGGACGUGGUCAGGAAGGAAUGCGAGAACUGCGAUUGCCUGCAAGGUUUCCAACUGACUCAUUCCUUGGGCGGUGGCACCGGAUCCGGUAUGGGUACGUUGCUCAUCUCCAAGAUUCGGGAGGAAUACCCGGAUCGAAUAAUGAACACGUACUCGGUGAUGCCGUCGCCCAAAGUGUCGGACACGGUGGUGGAGCCUUACAACGCGACCCUGUCCGUCCACCAGCUGGUCGAGAACACGGACGAGACGUACUGCAUCGACAACGAAGCUCUAUACGACAUCUGCUUCCGCACGUUGAAGGUGUCGAAUCCUAGCUACGGGGACUUGAAUCAUCUCGUCUCGCUCACUAUGUCGGGGGUGACCACCUGCCUAAGGUUCCCCGGCCAAUUGAACGCAGAUCUGAGAAAGCUGGCCGUGAACAUGGUCCCGUUCCCACGUCUACACUUCUUCAUGCCCGGAUUCGCCCCUCUGACGUCAAGAUCCAUGCAACAAUAUUCGGCGCUCUCUGUACCCGAGCUCACCCAGCAGAUGUUCGACGCGAAGAACAUGAUGGCUGCCUGCGAUCCGAGGCACGGCCGUUACCUGACCGUGGCCGCCGUUUUCCGCGGCAGAAUGUCGAUGAAGGAGGUCGACGAGCAAAUGCUGAGCGUGCAAAACAAGAACAGCUCUUACUUCGUCGAGUGGAUCCCGAACAACGUGAAGACGGCCGUAUGCGACAUCCCGCCCAAGGGGUUGAAAAUGUCCUCGACGUUCAUAGGGAACACGACCGCUAUUCAAGAAUUGUUCAAGCGAAUCUCCGAGCAAUUUACAGCCAUGUUCCGUAGGAAAGCGUUCCUUCAUUGGUACACGGGCGAGGGUAUGGACGAGAUGGAGUUCACCGAGGCCGAGUCGAACAUGAACGACCUCGUCUCCGAGUAUCAGCAGUAUCAAGAGGCCACCGCAGAAGAAGAUUUCGAGGCCGAGGAAUGCGCAGACGAUUUCGAGACCUGCGAUCAGGAGUGAAUCGAGUAAAAAAAAAAAAAAGAAAAAAUCUUCUCUCUCUCUCUCUCUCUCUUUCUCUAGGAAGUAUCCACCGAAUCGGACGUCUUUCCCCUCCUUUCUUUUUCCUACCCUAUCUCCAUUUUCUCCCCUUUAUCCUUCCUCCUUCGACAUUCCCUUCCCCCCCCUUUUCGAUUCGGUGUCGAAUCUCUUUUAUUCUCUUUUGUACUUUUAUACGUGAAAAUCUUUUACAAGUUCGCGGAGUUUGCUGCACCGGCCGAGUUACAGAUCAUCAGUCGCGGUUAUUCGCCUCGAAGUCGAAUUCGAAUCUCGUUCGAACUGCGACACGCUUCGCGGAUAGGUAGAUGUUGUUAAGAGCGAAAAAGAAAGAAAAAAAAGAAAAAGAAGAAUAAUAUACGCAGCGUUCUUCGGGAAACGAUUCCACGAAACAUGAAACAACCAAAGCACCCGAACCAAAAAUUUUAUCUAUUCUCGUUGCAUCCACGACAACUGUAUCGACAUGUAUGUAUUUUCUAAUCGUGGCACGCGUUACGCAAUGUAGUUCGCAAGAGGUUUGUUUCCUUGCAAAAAAUAUACGUUUUUUUUCAAUCAUUUGCCUC